AUGCGCUUCUCUGUCCUUAGCUGCAUCGCCGCCAGCGCUGGCCUGGCCAAGGCCUUGGUCAGCGUGACUGACUCCCAGAUGGACGACCUCUUGAAUGAGGGUGGCGUCAGCUUGGCCAUGAAAGCCCAGCCCAUGUUCUUCUUUGGUCAGGCCAUGAAGCAGCCUCCUUGCAUCCCGACAUUUGCGACCGACAAGAACGAUACUCAGACUCCUUCUGCUGCUUUGUGUGACUGGCCUAACGCUGGCUGCCACUGCCGUACCCCUGGUGUGGACAUUGGCAACCCUUCGCCGUCGUUCCCCAUCUACUACAGCUACCAGAAGUGCACUCCUGAGUCGAUUCGCAUCCAGUACUCGUUGUUCUACGAAAAGGAUGGUUUCAACCCGGAGCACGUUUUUGGUCACCCUUACGAUUGGGAGCGUGUGAUUGUUAUCUGGAAGAAGUCUGACGAUGGCCUCUGGCGUCCUGCUCAGCUGAUGCUCUCGCAGCACAGUGGUUACCAGACGCUUGACUGGGGCAAGAUCCAAAACACGUUCAACGACGAUACAGCGGGCGAGCGUCUUGGCGGACCCAAUGGCAAGCAGGGACUUGACCAUGCCAAGGUCUAUGUCGAGUGGGCCAAGCACGCCCACCGCAACGACCGCAACACUGGCUUCAACGACGUUCUCUCGCAGCUUACCGGCAAUGCCUUCCGCUCUCAGGAUUGGUGGUAUUUCCCUCAGCGCGGCGAUUACAUCCGUGCCGACCGCUCUACUCAUGUUGGCCAGGUCAUUGGUGGUAUGAACUGGGGAGAUGCUUCUUCCAACCCCCCUAGUGUCCAUGAUGGCCUCUGCAGUGCCUAA